GAGAGAGAGAGAGAGAGAGAGAGAGAGAGAGAGAGAGAGAGAGAGAGAGGGAGAGGAAGGACUGUACUCACACACACACACUCAGUCAGCGGCAUGUCGGCCUAUAUCCUGGGUGUGGACGUGGGGACCACCUCGGUGAAAGCGGUUUUACUGGAGACUGACUCCAGAGCAGUGGCUGCGACUCACACUUUCCCCACCACGUCUGAUAUCACUGACAGCAGCGGGAGCAAGGCUAAGGAGCAGGACACAGGUCGGAUCGUAGACGCUGUGAAUCGGUGCAUCGGGCUCCUGCCCAGAGACAAACUGCAGCAUGUGUGCAGCAUCGGUCUGUCCGGACAGAUGCACGGCGUCUUAUUCUGGAAGGCAAAGAGCGGUUGUGAUUGGUCCAACAGAGACUCCUUCACAGCCAGAGACACCAGUCAGCUGAUCACCUGGCAGGACGGACGCUGCAGCAGCAGCUUCCUGUCCUCUCUCCCUAAACCAGACUCACAUCUCAGCGUGGCCACAGGGUUUGGCUGUGCAACCAUCUUCUGGUACAUGAAACACAGGCCUGAGUUCCUCGAGGACUUCACAGCUGCAGGUACCAUCCAGGACUACGUGGUGUCCAUGCUGUGUGGUCUGGACGGGUGUGUGAUGACGCCUCAGAACGCAGCCAGCUGGGGAUUCUUCAACACUUCUUCCAACCAGUGGAAUGUAGACAUUCUAAAGGGUGCUGGCUUCCCUCCGACCCUGCUUCCUCAGUGUGUGCCGUCUGGUGUCUUGGCGGGACUGACUCGCUUUGACUGGCAUGGUGUUCCUGCUGGUACGCCAGUAGGGGCCGCCCUGGGAGACUUCCAGUGCUCUGUCUACUCCUGCAUGAGUGCACGGACAGACGCAGUUCUUAACAUAAGCACCUCAGCACAGCUGACCUUCGCCAUGCCCGCUGACUUCAGUCCUCCAGAUUCUCCUCAGCCCGCCUCCUCCAUCUCCUACUUCCCCUACUUUGACUCCUCGUACCUGGCGGUGGCAGCGUCGCUGAACGGAGGGAACGUGCUGGCGUCUUUUGUGGAGAUGCUCAGCGCCUGGAUGAAAGAGCUCAAUGCUGAGCUGACUGAUUCGUGUUUAUACGAGAAGCUGGUCAGCUGCGCCCUGAACCAGGAGAGCAGCGAUCUGAGGGUGAGCCCCACUAUCCUGGGAGAGAGACACAACCCCCUCUGCCUCGGUCAGGUCACCAACAUCUCCGCCGAUAACCUCUCCCUUGGCCACGUGACCAGGGCGCUGUGUCGCGGAGUACUGGACAACAUCACCUCCAUGAUGCCAGUCGAGCGUCUGCAGCAGGCAGGGGUUAGCAGGAUUGUGGGUAGCGGGAGCGCGCUCACUCGCAACGAGGUGCUGAGGCAGGAAGUGGAGAAGGCGUUUCAUCAGCCGGUGGUGUACAGACAGAACGCAGACUCUGCUGUCGGUGUGGCCAUGGUCCUCUGUGACCGACUCUAAAUGAGACUUAUUAUCCACAGGGGAAACCUCCCCUGUAUGUUUACAUGAUUAACUGAUGAUUUUGCACACCUCUGAGUUCCGUAUCAUAUGGUACCACUUUGAAAGAAGGAAGAAUCAAGCAAACUGAAAUGCUGCAACAUAUUGUAAUCUGUGAUCUAAAAACAAAAGCUACAGUAUAUUUGCCAGGAUAGGGAUCAAAAACCUUGUGUGACUCAAGAUGUGCCAUGAGGUUGUGAAACCUUUCGGACCAAAGGACAGAAUCUAUGACAUGUUUAACAUUUUAGCCAAAACUAGCAGCUGAGUGCAGCCACAUUUAAAUUCACUGUCCCUGAAGAGCAAUACAUUGACCAUCUGUGGGUCUUAGCAGUUGUGUUUGGUAGUGUUUUUUCCCCCCAGCAAAAAUCACUAUGGCAUCAAAUACGUGAUGCUUCAAAAAAAUCCACUGAAGGGUUGAUUUCGCGAAUGACGGGAACCAUGUGAGGGCAAAUACAGUGCAUCAACACAAUAUGCUGUGGAAGACUUAAGACCCCAUGUAGCAGCUAAGCCUGAAGUCACUGAGGAGCUGCAUAGACAGGCUAAUAGACGGGCUACUGGAGCUACUCGUCAUGCUCACAAUAACGUGGCUUAGUUGGGUCAAACUUCUGCUUUGUUUUUCACUGUUAGGUCUUCAACAUGUUACACACAAGAAUCCAGAUCAGUGUCCAUAUAUCUCCAUUCAUCCACUCACCAAGUUUCACCAAUACCACAACGCACCUCUCACUUCAUGUGUAUGUGGUCAAAAAUCAGUUUGUGCUCCUUCCCUCUCGCAACAGCUUACACGAGAAUGAAAGUUCCUACUGAUAUGGUAAAUAACCUGAAGCCCACUAAGGGGCUCCUACACCCCUCAUCUUACUACCACGCAGCUUUACAGUUGUUGGUUUCUGCACCAACGCAUAUGUUUCAAGAGUAGAGAGCAACAUGUUUAUGCUCAUUCCCUGUGUGCUGCUAAAAGACAUUAUACAUAGCCCAUGAAUCAUUUCAGCAUCCAACAAUAAGGGAAAUGUGUCUUCCUCAGGUAUGUCAGUCUCCCCCCCCCCCUCCCCCAUCCUUCCAUUUCGUGGUUUCUGUGUCAGGUUUCUUGACCCUCUCAUCUUUAAGUUCACCCCCACUAUCUGAGGUUGCUGAAGAGAUUUCAUCUAUUGAUCGAUGCAGACUGUGCCUCUGUGUACACGGGUCUGUAUGAGAAAGCAGUAGUGACAUACCUUACAGGCAGACAUCAUAAUUACAGGCCGGUCACUUGGAAAAACUUCAAAACCCUGACAUAAACAUUACAUAUGAGAUGUGACAAGACUUUUUAUUGAAUUAUCUUUAGUAAUGCAGAAGUAGAAACUAGAAUGUAACUAAGGCACUAUAGAAAAAGUAGGAAUACUAUCCAAAUAGUUAAAGGAUAAGGCUAUAAAGUGUCUUUUAAAACCUUUGGUAUUUUCAACAUAUUCACUGGAGCGAGUAUAGGAGCAUGAUCUGUAAUGACAUUUAUACGGUUUUCCAAUGAUGCACACAUUUUUAUGAAUCAUAUGUGGAAAAGGUAAAGGUUCUGAUGGAAAAGCAGGGUUGAAAUGUUCAGGAUGCCUGCAUAAAAAGAAAGGGAGAUGAGACAUCUUGCACAUAUCAAGGUGUAUAUAAACAAAGUGUGCAUUUGUGAGUUACUGGACAAAUUAUCAGUGUGUGGACAUCUUUUUUCUAAAAAAAAACACAGUGUACUUCAUAAGAUUUAAGAUUUAAACAAUUUAAUAUUCAAAAGUUGCCUUGCGCUAUUCUGAGCUGUAGUACACGAUUAAGAGCCUAAAAACCCUUUGGACAAUUGAUAUUAUUUCACUGCAACGUGGUCAGCUACAAGUACAAUAUUAUUACCAGAGUGGACACAUAUUCCUCUGGUAUAAUUAUCAAAGUGUUUCUACUGAGCCAUUAAAACAUCUCUAUUGCUCCUUAACACUUGACACUUGAUUGAAAACUCUCAGUCAGGAUUCAGUGAUGAUGACUGAAUAUACCCAGUGAUCUGAUUGGACAGCAGUCUGGCUGUUGACAGGUUUUGAUCUGAUCAUGAUGAAGUGAACCUGUGAGCCGUGCAACAUUGGUCGCCAUGGUGAAUGGUUAAAAGUGAAUCGGGGUCAUGGUACUGGAAAACCAGUCAGAUCACAGACUGACCCACUGAUGCUUGUGAAAAAGCUCUCGACACAACUGUCCAAGAACGAGUUUGCAUGUAGCUCACUGGGUGGAGUCCCUCAGCCGGUGUUGCUGCAGGCUGGAAGUGCUUUGCUCAAGAGCUACAAAGUAUCAGUUGUAUCAGGGUUGGUGGGGUGUCCCCUCCCCCAUUAUCCCUGCUCAGUUCAUUCUGUGAUUAUAUUUUCAUUAAAUCUUAUUUGCUUAAUGCCCUGAUUUUAGGACAAACUUUGGUAUAAAGAAAAGUUUUUUUUAAAUCCUUAAGUUGCUAUUUAAAUGGAUGAUUACUGCACUUUCUUUUCCUUCUCUUAAUUCUAAGUCUUAAUGUAUGGUUUCAGUUUGAAUUUCUACUGCUCUUAAUGUGGAAAAUGUUGAAUGUUGAAAUUAAUAUUCUUCAGUUUCACAUUUUGCUUCAGAUGAGGCUCGAUGCAGAUUAUGGCAAACUGUCCUUUCACUAGUUAUAUUUCCAGCAGCCAUGUUCAUAUUUUAUCUUAUAAUAAUGAAUUUAUAUACACAUUUUUCCCAUGUGGAAAACACACAUGACAUCAGUGUUAUUAAGGUUGUUAUUGUUUUUACUACUGUAAGGGAAAUGUAACAUUUUG